AUGGAUCGCCUCAUCCGCGCUUCGAGCUCUGCUGCUGCCACCACCACCUCCGCCAGCGGCGGCGGCGGCGGCGGCGGCGGGUCGGGAUCGUCGGAGUUGCCGUGCGAUCGAGUGAUGGACUCGAUCGCUCUAGAACGAGAACGAGGAAUCACGAUCGCGAGCAAGUACACGUCAGUCACGUUCAGAGGUACCACGCUCAACCUCGUGGACACGCCUGGCCAUGCUGACUUUGGAGGGGAGGUGAGAUCCGAGGGAGGUGCAGCGGGUGAUGGGGAUGGUGGAUGGGGCGCUGCUAUUGGUGCAGCGGGUGAUGGGGAUGGUGGAUGGGGCGCUGCUAUUGGUGGAUGUGGUGUAGGGGCCCACACAACCCCCACCUCUCAUCCCCUCUUUCCUCCCCUCCCUCCCACACAGGUGCAGCGGGUGAUGGGGAUGGUGGAUGGGGCGCUGCUAUUGGUGGACGUGGAGAGAGUGAUGGGGAUGGUGGAUGGGGCGCUGCUAUUGGUCGAUGUGGCGGAGGGACCUUUGGCUCAGACCAAGUUUGUGUUGGGGAAGGCUCUGCAGAGAGGCUUAAAGCCCAUUGUCGUGCUCAACAAGUGUGACCGACCCUCAGUGACCACGCAGAUGGUGCAUCAAGUGGAAUCAGCCAUCUUCGACCUCUUCGCUUCCUUUGAUGCCACAGGCUACUACCAUGUCAUUCGCUACCCCAUCUCCUCCCUCAUAGACUUAUGGAUGGGCCAGAUCCUUAUAUUUGAUGCCUCAUCUCUGCUCCAUCUCCUCCCCUCAUCGACCCAUCAGAGGAGCAGCUGGACUUUCCUGUGCUCUACGCCCCUCCCAGGCACGGCUGGGCCAGCUGCUCCUUGCCCGCGUGUGAUGAGUCGGUUUUUGAUUCGACUCAAAAAUCGACUCAUCCCAGCCACGGCUGGGACAGCUGCUCCUUGCCCGCGUGUGAUGAGUCGGUUUUUUAUUCGACUCAAAAAUCGACUCAUCCCAGCCACGGCUGGGCUGGGCCAGCUGCUCAUUGCCGCCGCCCCCCUCCCUGUGCUCCAUGCUGCAACCCGUCCACCUAGCAUGUCACUCAUUCCCUUCCCGCAUCCCUCCUCCCCGCCCCCUCUCACCCAUCAGAGGAGCAGCUGGACUUCCCGGUGCUCUACGCGUCCGCCAGACACGGCUGGGCCAGCUCCUCUUGUGCGCUCGCCGGCUCCCUCCCACCUGACAUACGCUUCUUUCCCCACUCCCUCACACCCUCCCCUCCCCAUUCACUCGUCAAAGGAGCAGCUGGACUUCCCGGUGCUCUACGUGUCCGCCAGGCAUGGCUGGGCCAGCUCCUCUUGCUCUCCCCUCCCCCGGCCCCCCUCCCCUCCCCUCCCCUCCCCACUCACCUCUCCCCCCCAUUCACCCAUCAGAGGAGCAGCUGGACUUCCCGAGGAGCAGCUGGACUUCCCGGUGCUCUACGCGUCGGCCAGGCAUGGCUGGGCCAGCUCCUCUUGGCCGCCGCCCCAGCUCACGGCAGAAGGGGCUGCAGCGGCAUCAGAAGCAGCAGCAGCGAAGGGGGAGAGUGGUGUGGUGCCGAUUCUUGAGGCGAUUCUGGACCGCGUGCCGCCCCCUGUGGUGGACCCAACAGCGCCCUUCCAGAUGCUGGUGUCACUCAUUGACAGGGACCCAUUUCUUGGCCGCCUGCUGAUUGGUCGGAUAGCGUCGGGCUCGUUAGUGAAGCUGGUGAAGCGGAGGGGAGUGGAGUCGGAAGAUAUGAACGAGGUGGUGAAGCUGGUGAAGCGGAGGGGAGUGAAGUCGGAGGAUAUGAGUGAGGCGGCAGCAGGAGACAUUGUGGCAGUGGCGGGGAUGACCCACGCACACGUCUCACAGACUCUCGCAGAUCUCUCGGUAUCCAAACCGCUCCCAGUUGCUGCUAUCGACCCUCCCACCAUCGCCAUGACCUUCAGCGUCAACGACUCUCCUUUGGCCGGGAGACACGGCACCCAGUGGCAACGACUCAUCUGUAGCGGGUUGACAUGCCACCCAGGUGAGGUGUCAGGUGACAUCUCAGGUGACAUCUCAGGUGACGUCUCAGGCCCAAAGAUUGGCGCACGGCUCAAGGCAGAAGUAGCGACCAACGUGUCCUUGGGCCUGGAGGCGGGUCCCUCUGCGGAUGCGUUCAAGGUGCUGGCCAGGGGCGAGAUGCAGCUGGGUGUGCUUAUAGAGAGUAUGCGCAGGGAGGGGUUUGAGCUCUCCAUAUCACCGCCAUCCGUGCUGUACCGAGAAGAGAAGGGGAAGAAGCUGGAGCCUAUUGAAGAGCUCAUGGUGGAGGUCGACGAGGAGUAUGCUGGGGUGGUCAUCGACAGCAUCUCUCUCUAUCUGUGUGUGUGCCCCUGUGCCUGCCUGUGCUCGCCUGUGCUCAUUCUCUCUUUCUGUGCCUGCCUGUGCUCACCUGUGCUCAUUCUCUCUUUCUGUGCCUGCCUGUGCUCACCUGUGCUCAUUCUCUCUUUCUGUGCCUGCCUGUGCUCACCUGUGGACGAGGAGUCUUCAGGGGCGGUCAUCGACGUGGACGAGGAGUUUGCAGGGGCAGUCAUCGACGCCAUUUCUCUCAGAAAAGGAGAGCUCCUGGACAUGAUCACAGAAUCCUCCUCCUCCUCUGAUUCCAGCUCAUCUGUUGCUGACUCAGUAGCAUCUGCCACGUCAUCACCCUCACCAUCCACGUCAUCUCCCUCCUCCGCCAGCUCAGCAAUCCUCGUCUCUCUCGCGUACACGUCUUCACUUCACCUGCCCUUCCAGCUUCUCUUCACCCGUGCACGCAUGUGUGCAGGGGGGCUACUGGGAGUGAGAGGAGUGCUCAACACGGCUACCAGAGGCACAGCUGUGUUGCACCGGUCGUUCCUGCGUGAGUGCUCUGCCACUCCUCACACACUCUCAUUCCCUCGCAUCUUCCACCUUCCUCAUCACACCUCUCCACCGCCACAUCGCACCUCAACACGGCUACCAGAGGCACAGCCGUGCUGCACCGGUUACUCCUGCGUGAGUGCCACAACCAUGCCACACCAUUCCAGGCCACCCGUUAUCUCUGCACUGCCCAUACCUCCCACACCUCUGCACCGCUCGUCACACCUCAAAAGGAGAUAA